AUGGGUCCUCAGAGCGAUGAUCUACUGCCAGUUCCGAUAGAGGAAAGAACGUGGACUGCAUUCAGUUAUGUCGCUUUUAUAAACUCAUACAGGUCACUCGAUAGUUGGAUGAUAACCUCUAGCAUGAUCGUCAUGGGCAUGUCGUGGUGGCAAGCCUGGCUGACUGUCUGGAUUGGCUAUGGUGUGAUGACGCCGUUUGUCGUCCUGUUGGGCCGACCGGGUGCUGUAUUUCAUGUUACCUUCCCUGUCGUCAACCGUGCCAGCUUCGGAAUAUUUGGAAGUUUGUGGUGUGUAUUCAAUAGAGCGACGAUGGCAUGUAUCUGGUACGGAGUGCAAUCGAGUAUCGGCGGUUCAUGCGUCCUAGUGAUGCUCCGUACAAUCUGGCCAAGUGUCAAUAAUAUCCCAAAUUCCAUGCCCUUGUCCUCUGGCACUAAUACCAGGGAUUUCAUGUGCUUCCUCAUUUUUUGGGUUAUAUCUUUGCCCUUCAUAUGGCCUCCAGUGCACACAAUUCGUCAUUUCUUCACGUUCAAGACGAUUGUCUCACCCAUUGCCUGUGUCAUCUUUAUGAUUUGGUGCAUCGUCAAGGCAAAAGGUGUUGGACCGAUCGUCAAACAGCCGGCAACCAUCCAUGGCUCAGAACUGGCAUGGGCCAUGAUCAGCAAUAUUGGUAUAUGCAUCAGUAACCUCAUAACAUUGACGACGAACGCGCCGGAUUUUGGGUCACGGGCGAAGACUCCAUCCACACCAAUCAUUUCCCAACUCUGGUGCAUCCCCCUCUCUUAUGGUUUAGUCUGUCUCUUUGGUGUGAUCGUCAGCUCAUCGUCACAAACAAUCUACGGGGAAGUAAUCUGGUCACCCGUGGAUUUGCUAGGAAUGUUCUUGGACGACAACCCAUCCCCUGCCACUCGAUUUGGUGUCUGGUUCAUCGCCUUCUCUCUCAUUAUAGCCCAGCUCACACUUUGUACCCCGCCCAUUUUCAGAGGGAACAUUAGCGCUAACACAGUCAGUGCGGGUUGUGAUCUGACGGCGCUAUGUCCACGUUUCAUCAAUGUCAGACGCGGUGGGUAUAUUUCAGCUAUUGUCGGACUUGUCAUGUGUCCCUGGAAUCUGGUAGCGAGCAGCAGUCGUUUUUCUUCCUAUAUGUCUGCGUACACGGUCUUCCUGAGCGCGAUCGCGGGAGUUAUGGCCGCUGAAUACUGGUUUGUGCGCAAGGGCCAUUAUAACGUCGCCGACCUCUACGUCACCCGCAAAGGAAGUUGGUAUUGGUACAAUUAUGGUUUCAACCCCAGAGCGUACGCAGCAUACGUGGCAGGCAUCGCCAUCAAUAUUGUGGGGUUCGCUGGGGAUAUUGGAAUACCCGUACCAGCUGCUGCGACUCACAUAUUCGACUUGUCGUUCUUCACAGGAUUUGGCAUUUCAAGUAUCGUGUUCUAUAUAUUGAGCAGGAUGUUUCCGGUUCCUGGAGCUGCUGACACAUUUGAGGAAAUAGAUGUAUCUGGGUAUGAGGAAAAGAUGGCGAACUGCAGCGAGGAUACAAAAUCAAAGGACGGCUCCACAGAGAAGGAAUCUACCGUAUAG